UGCAUUAGUCUGCCUGCCGAUUCGAGCCGAUAAUGGUUACGAAACUUGACGGCUACGAGUACUUUGUUUCGUUUUUUAUUUGCCCGAUAAAAGAGCCAAGUUGUUUUCAAACUACAUUUUUGCUUUUACGCGCAUUCAUGAUAUUUCGAUAAACAUGGAGGUAAAUGAUCAGUGCGACGUUAUUUACGUCGAGGAAAACCAAACGAGUUCUCGUCAACCGGAAAACAUCAGCAACUGCUUGAUUUUUUACGUGAACGGUAAAAUGGUAAAAGACAGUUAUAUCGAACCAGAGUGGACUCUGAUUUAUUAUCUUCGUAACAAGUUAGGACUGACUGGUACGAAGCUGGGAUGUUCCGAAGGAAAUUGCGGCGCCUGCACAGUAAUGAUUUCCAGAUACGAUCGAAAACUCGAAAAAAUAGUUCAUGUAGCAGCAAAUGCUUGUUUGACCCCAGUAUGUGCAAUGCACGGCAUGGCCGUCACUACUGUCGAGGGUAUCGGUAGUACUAGAACCAAACUACAUCCUGUACAGGAGAGAAUAGCAAAAGCUCACGGAUCCCAAUGUGGUUUUUGCACUCCUGGCAUCGUCAUGUCCAUGUAUGCUCUAUUGAGGAGCAAUUCAAAACCGAAAAUGAACGAUAUGGAUGUUGCCUUUCAAGGUAAUUUAUGCAGAUGCACCGGGUACCGACCGAUCAUCGAAGGAUUAAAAACCUUCACCAGUGAGUGGGAAGCUACGCAAUCCUUGACGAGCGAGGACCACGAGGAGGAAAAAGUAUGUGCUCUUGGCAGCGCCUGCUGCAAAAGGGCUUUCACCUCCGAGCCCACGGAACUGUUCCACUCGAAGGAGUUCGUACCCUACGACUCCACGCAAGAGCCGAUUUUUCCUCCCCAAUUGCAGUUGUCAUCGAAAUUGGAUGAAGAGUACUUGAUAAUCAGAGGGAAAGAGACCACCUGGUUCCGACCGACGAGCUUGAAGCAGCUCCUUGUACUGAAAAAUCAAUAUCCAAAUGCGAGAAUAGUCGUUGGCAACACGGAAGUGGGCGUGGAGGUAAAGGUGAAACGUCUCAUGUAUCCCGUUCUGGUUCAACCAAUACAAAUCGACGCAUUGAAAGUUAUCGAAGAAACCAAUGAUGGGAUGAAAAUCGGAGCUAGUGUUACAUUGGCCGAAAUGGAAUCGGCCCUCACAUACCAGAUUAAUACAAAGCAUGAGAGUAAAACCAGGAUUUUUCAAAGUAUUAAAAAUAUGUUGCACUGGUUCGCUAGUAAGCAAGUUCGAAACGUUGCAUCUGUAGGAGGUAAUAUCAUGACGGGCAGUCCCAUUUCCGAUUUAAAUCCGAUUUUCAUGGUCGCGGGUGUCCAAUUAACCGUGUGCAGUAUUAACAGGGGUUAUAGAGCUAUCAGAAUGGACGAUAAAUUCUUUGUUGGCUACCGACGCAACAUAAUAUCAUCCGAUGAAGUACUUGUAUCGAUAGAAAUACCCUUCAGUGUUUCGAACCAAUAUUUCGUAUCGUACAAACAAUCGAAACGACGGGACGAUGAUAUUACCAUCGUUAAUAUGGCGAUGAACGUAUUUUUCAAAAACGACAGUGAUAUCGUAGAUCGAGCGUUUUUGACUUUUGGAGGUAUGGCUCCCAUUACCGUGUGGGCUAAAAAAACCUGUGAACUCAUGGCCGGAAAGCGUUGGCUCGAUGAUGAUAUUGAUACUAUCAUUGAUACACUGAGCAAAGAACUGCCUCUGUCCGGAGAUGCCCCUGGAGGUAUGAUACUCUAUCGGCGAUCGUUAACUCUCAGUUUAUUUUUCAAAGGCAUCAUUCACAUAGCCAAAGAGUUGAGAAACAAUGUACAAAGUGCAAAGUUAUUGCCGAAAGAACUGGAAUCGGCAGCCGAAGGAUUUCAUUAUACAGCUCCAAAGAGUUCGCAAUACUAUCAAGUGGUUUCCAAAAAUCAACCAGGUAUCGAUUUGAUUGGGAGGCCAUUAGUUCACACCAGUGCGUUCAAACAGGCAACCGGUGAGGCCAUUUAUUGCGAUGACAUCCCUCGAAUUACGAGCGAACUUUAUCUAGCAUUCGUACUAUCCACGCGUGCUCGUGCCAGGAUAACCAGGAUCGACGCAACUAAAGCUUUGUCUCUUGAUGGUGUGGUGGCCUAUUUCGAUGCCAAAAAUAUUCCAGAGCACCAACGAUACGUUGGACCUAUUGUCAAAGACGAAGAAAUUUUUGCUUCGAAAGAUGUCUUGUGUCACGGUCAAGUAAUUGCAGCAGUGGUCGCUAAAAACCAGGCGAUUGCCCAGAAAGCUGCGAGAAUGGUCAAGGUUGAUUACGAAGACGUACAACCUGCGAUCCUGACCAUUGAGGAUGCCAUAGAAGCCAACUCCUAUUACGAAGGCGCUAGCAGGAGUAUCCGCCGAGGGGAUGUUGACGAAGCCUUUGCCAAAGCUGAUCAUGUUAUCGAUGGAGAAGUCAGAAUAGGCGGACAGGAGCACUUCUACCUAGAGACUCAGUGUGCACUAGCUGUGCCAAAGGAGGAACACGAACUCGAAAUCUAUUGCUCGACGCAAGAUCCAUCGGGUACGCAACAUCACGUCGCCCACAUGCUUGGCAUUCCGAUCAACAGAGUUACCGUACGUGUCAAGAGAUUGGGCGGUGGUUUUGGGGGUAAGGAGUCACGGAAUUUGCUUAUUUCACUGCCGGUUUCAUUUGCGGCUCACAGCCUACAAAAGCCUGUUCGGUGCAUGUUGGAUCGGGAUGAAGAUAUGGUGAUGACUGGAACGAGACAUCCAUUUUUAUUCAAGUACAAAGUAGGCUUCACCAACGACGGAUUGAUCAAAGCCCUCGAGAUCCACGUAUACGCUAAUGGAGGCUGUUCUAUGGAUUUGUCAAUACCAGCUGUAUCCCGAGCUAUGACACACGUGGAGAACGCAUAUCACAUACCAGCCAUCAGAGUUUUUGGGUACUUGUGCAAAACCAAUUUACCAUCCAAUACGGCUUUUCGAGGUUUUGGUGGUCCUCAAGCGAUGUUUGCGGGUGAAACGAUAAUUCAUCACGUGGCGGAUUAUCUUGGACGAGAUGUCAUUGAGCUAUCGGAAAUGAACUUGUACAAUGAAGGAGACGUAACGCAUUACAACCAAACACUUAUUAACUGUACGAUAAAACGUUGUUGGGAGGAGUGUAUAGCAUUAUCCAAUUAUCAGCAACGGUUACCAUUGGUUGAACAAUAUAAUAAAGAGAACCGGUACAAAAAGAAGGGUAUAGCAGUGAUUCCAACGAAAUUUGGUAUCUGUUUCGAAACGUUGUUCCUCAAUCAAGGUGGGGCUCUCGUACACGUCUAUACGGAUGGUUCGGUUCUUUUGACGCAUGGUGGUAUAGAAAUGGGACAAGGAGUUCACACUAAGAUGAUUCAAGUUGCCAGUCGAGUUUUGAAGGUUAAUCCUGAUAAAAUUCACAUAACAGAAACUGCCACUGACAAAGUGCCGAAUACAACAGCAACGGCUGCCAGCACUGGGUCCGAUUUAAAUGGAAUGGCUAUAAUGGAUGCAUGUAAUAAAAUAAUGCAAAGAAUAAAGUACAUAGUUGACGCACAUCCUAAUGGUACUUGGGAAAGUUGGAUAGAACAAGCUUAUUUCGAUCGAGUUAGUCUUUCUGCUACUGGAUUUUACCGAACGCCGGAUAUAGGGUACGAUUUCAGUAAAAAUUCCGGAAUGUUGUAUGAUUACUUUACAUACGGAGCUGCGUGCUCUGAAGUGCAAAUAGAUUGUUUAACUGGAGAUCAUCAGAUUUUGAGAACCGAUAUUGUCAUGGACUUGGGUGAGAGUUUAAACCCUGCAAUAGAUAUUGGUCAGGUGGAAGGGGCAUUUACUCAAGGAUAUGGACUUUUUACCAUGGAGGAAAUGAUCUAUUCUCCGACAGGAGUAAUUUAUAGUCGUGGCCCAGGAGUUUACAAAAUUCCUAGUUUUGCAGAUAUUCCGCAAGAAUUCAAUGUAUCCCUGUUAAAAGGCAGCUCUAAUCCACGAGCAGUUUAUUCAUCUAAGGCUGUUGGUGAACCUCCACUAUUCUUAGCCUCAUCAGUGUUCUUCGCAAUAAAAAAUGCUAUCAAAGCAUCAAGAAAAGAUAUGAAUGCAAGAGAGUACUUGAGAUUUGAUUCACCAGCAACAGCAGCUCGGAUUCGUAUGGCUUGCAUUGACAAUUUCACGAAAAAGAUCGGAGAUGGCGACGGAAAACUAUCUUGGAAUAUUACUCCAUAAAUUUAGCUACAGAUAUUUAGAAUAAUUAUUGUAACAAGUUAUAAUCAGUUUUGUAUAAAAAAUUGUUAAAUUUUACAUUCUGGAGUUAUUGAUCUGAUGUAUGAAGAUUAAGAAUCACGAGCCAAAAAAUUAAUUCGAAUAUUUUUUAUUGAU